GCCUUAAGUUACCUCAAUACUGUACGGGUCUAGUACCCGAAGUCAGGUCGGGUCUUAACUCUCUUUUUCCAUUGUCCCUCCCCUUCGCCAUGAACACAUGGAGUCUGCGGCCCAGUCAAUCAACCAGGGGUGUGGAGGCUGUCCAUCGGCAGUGGCAAAAAGCGGCACGCUACUGAUCGCGCCUGCAGAAAGUCACCAGUUGACCCAAUUAUCGAGACUUUUGGCGAGAGGAAGUAACAGCCGGCCACUCAGUUUUGUCGACCAGCCAUGGAGGCUGCAUGGCUGCGGUGGAACCUGGUCGGCAACCCCUCUCCCGGCGGGUUUCCGGGCGAAUCACCUGACGCGCCGCGGGCCUUGCGAUCGCAGCAAGCGCAGCCUAUCCGAAGACUCAAAUGUAACUAUGAGUUCAUUCCGGCCUCUGCUUGACAUCAACAGACAGGAACUUGUUG